AUGUCCACUUUCCGCAGGCCGAUCUACGUGAAUCCCAGCUCGUCCACGACCACCUCGGCGGCCUCCCCGGGGGCGUUGGCCUUCCACCAACAAUUCCCCGGCUAUGCGCCGAGCCCGCUGGUGCCGCUGCCCGCUGUGGCUGAGGAACUAGGAGUGCGUGCUGUCUACCUCAAGCAGGAGAGCAACCGCUUCGGUUUACCCUCUUUUAAAGUCCUGGGGGCCUCCUGGGCCAUCUACCGGGCCAUCCGCUCGUUUGUACAGUUACCAGAGGGUACACCACUUGACACCUUGAUCGAGCGGGUGCGCGCACAGUCCGCGCCGAUUACCCUGCUCGCGGCCACCGAGGGCAACCAUGGCCGUGCUGUGGCUCGCGUCGCCCGGCAGAUGUCGCUCCAAUGUCACAUCUACGUCCCAUGCACGAUGCACGCCUACACUCGGGAAAAGAUCCGCUCCGAGGGAGCCGAAGUCAAAGUGGUGGACGGGGACUAUGACCACGCCGUCGAGACCGCUGCCAAGGCCGCCAACCAAAUGUCCCAGGGCAUCCUGGUGCAGGAUACGGCGCUAGAAGGCUACGAAGAGAUCCCAGCCUGGGUGGUGGAGGGCUAUGCCACCUUGCUCCAGGAAGCCGACGCCCAGCUGCACGCCCUGGGCCUGCAGAACAGCCUCGUCGUCGCCCCGGUGGGCGUGGGCUCCUUCGCGGAAGCUGUCGCCACAUACUAUAAGUCGCGCGACACGCCCGCCACCGUCGUGGCCGUGGAGCCGGAUACAGCGCCUAGCCUGACGCACAGCUUGCAACAAGGCCAUCCAAGCUCCGUCAUCACUAGUCCCAGCAUCAUGGCCGGCAUGAACUGCGGCACGGUAUCGUCCGCCGCCUGGCCCCUGCUGCGGCAGCUAGUCGACGUUAGUCUCACCAUUUCGGACUGGGAGAGCCACUGCGCCGUGCAAGACCUGGCUGCCCAAUCCAUCGACUCCGGUCCUUGUGGUGCUGCUUCCCUGGCUGCCAUCCGCCGGCUGAAGGCGGAGGCUUCACCGACCUCGACUUUCUUUUCCCCAGAUUCCGUCAUCCUGCUCCUCAGCACGGAGGGCUCUCGUCCCUACGGGGUCCCAAUGGAUGUCUCCGUGGAUGAUCCGGUGGCACUGACACAGGUGCUCACGCGGAUCAACUCCUCCAAUCCCACGUUGUCCAAGACACAGGGCGCUGGAGAAUCGGCCAUCACCAACUACCUCUGUGCCUGGUUCGCCCAUCGUGCCAUCGAGCACCAUCGCAUCGAGACGGCGCCCGGACGACCUUCGGUGGUGGGCAUCAUCCGCGGCUCCGGCGGAGGAGCGUCCGUCAUGUUGAACGGACAUGUCGAUACAGUCAGUCUGACCACCUAUGAUGGCGAUGCGCUCACAGGCCAUCUGGGGGUGAAAGAUGGAAAGGAGGCCGUGUUUGGUCGCGGCACGUUGGAUAUGAAGGGUGGUCUGGCGGCCGGGCUCUCAGCCCUUCUCGUGGCCCGAGAGCAACGACUGGCUGGAGAUGUGAUGGUCGCAGCGGUAGCAGACGAGGAAGAUGCUUCGCAGGGCACCCAGGACGUGAUUGCGGCAGGCUGGCGGGCUGAUGCGGGGAUCGUCCUCGAGCCGACUAACAUGGCCAUCGCGCACGCGCACAAGGGCUUUGUGUGGGUAGAAGUGGAGAUCUUGGGCCGAGCGGCCCACGGGUCCCAGCCAGCCGAUGGGGUGGACGCCAUCUUGAACAUGGGGCACCUGCUCCAGGCAUUGCGUGAGUAUCAGACGCAACUGCCCAUUGACCCGGUGCUAGGACCGGGGUCACUGCACUGUGGAGUCAUCCAGGGCGGAGAAGAAGUCUCCUCGUACCCUGCCAGCUGCACACUGACUCUGGAAUACCGCACUGUGCCGGUGCAGACCAAUGAGAUGAUCCUGGCUGAGCUGGGUGCCAUCCUAAAGCGACUAAGUGACGAGCAUCCCGACUUCCAGUAUCGAGAGCCGCGCAUCACGCUAUGGCGCCCCAGCCAGCAUGUUCCCAAGGAUCAUCCCGUGGUGCAGCAAUUGGUCCAGCUGGGCACCGAGGUUGUCGGACAACCUCCCCGGGUCCAAAGUGCUCCGUUCUGGUGUGAUGCCGCAUUACUCACUGAGGCAGGGACCCCAAGCGUGGUGUUUGGCCCAUUGGGGGCAGGCUUGCACUCGCGCGAAGAAUGGGUGGAGGUGGACAGUAUGCGGGAGCUGCGGGAGAUUCUGGGGCAGUUUAUCCAGCAAUUUUGCGGCUCGUCCCCAGCUUACCUCCCUCCCCACGUCAUGGCCAACUCCUCCGACGCUCCCCCACCAUCCACCGACGACGACCACUGGGCGCAAUGGCUGCCCUCCGUCUUCCCAGAUGCCCUCCCGGGCGUGGUAGACACGGAGGCUCUCUCAUCUAUGACUCCUCAGUUGCAGGAUGACUGGAGCUCACUGGAGAUGUUUUCCAGCGACAACCUUUGGUCGACGCAGCCGGAUUCCACUAACGACACAACGAUCAUUUCCCCGCCCGAUGACUUUGUCAAUGUCUCUCAGUGGCUCGCUGGCGCAUAUCGUCCCCCUGUCCCCUGCAUGUACUGUCAACAGCACCGACUGCAGUGCCUCAUCAUUCGCACCACCCCGGCCAAUCCGAACCCCGUGACAUCCUGUUCCAGUUGCGUCGCCCUCUUCCGCGAAUGCAGCCUCGCCCGCGGCGAGAAGCGCCACCCUGCCGGCUUCGAAACCGUCUUUCCCGUAUUCAAUCAUAUGCAUGGCGUCACCGAGUGGACUAGAGAGGAACUGAAUUCUACCUCACACGCAUUAUCGGAUUCACAGAAUGGCCAGGCGCAAUCGUCACAUGACCAGGAAAGAAAGGAAGAGGACGGACAGCACAGGCCACGGUUUUCCCGAAAAGGUGCCAAAGUAUUGCGGGAUUGGUUCUAUCGGAACCAGCAUGCUCCGUAUCCCACAGAUGAACAGAAGGCAGCAUUUGCUCAGCAGACCGGCCUCACCGAGAAGCAGAUCUCCACCUGGUUUGCCAAUGCCAGACGGCGCCAUCGUAUGGUUCACCGCACCUCCCGACCGAGUCAGAUCUUCCGCAGCGGCUCCCCAAUGCCCAUUUCCCGAUCGGCGGCCCUGACUCCAAUGGAACGCUGGCAGCGAUCACCACCAGACCAAGAACCCGUAUCAGAGUCGGCUAUUCAGCAAGCUAUUGCCGCCGCCGGCACUGAUGCCGCCUGGGAUAAUCCCAGCACACCUGGCGGCGCGAGUCCCAGUUCUCACCACUUCGCAUCCUCUAUUUCGAGUAUCGACAGUGAACCGUCGCAGGCGUCGUCCGGGAGCUUCUCAUCCGCCUGGAGUCAUCAGUCGGAGAGCUUUCUGCCGUUCCCCCUAUCGGAUGGGCGGCCGCGAUCCCAUUCCCGUCGCAGACGGCCCAGGCGUCAGUCGGCCGCGGGUAGCCCGUUUCAGUGUACCUUCUGUGUGGAUGCGUUCAGGAAAAAGCAUGAUUGGGUCCGUCAUGAAAAGAGCGUACACCUGUCGUUGGAAUCCUGGAUCUGUAGCGUGGGAUCGGGCGUUCUGGAUCUGGCUGGCUCGGAGGUAUUACAAUGCGAUUUCUGCGGAGCCUCUCCACUGACCGAAUCUCAUUUUUCGACCCAUGAGUUCGACGUGUGUGCGGAUCGCCCGCUAUCAGAACGUUCCUUUCGGCGUAAAGACCAUUUGAUCCAGCACUUUCGCAAGUUUCAUCACUGUACCACGGUCCCUGCCUUACGUGUGGAGGCUUGUCGCGUCGUGACGAAUGAUGUGCAAAGCCGCUGUGGAUUUUGCCAGCUAAUCCUGCCAACGUGGGCAGCACGCGCAGAUCAUUUGGCGGAGCACUUCAAGAACGGACGGCGCAUGGUGGACUGGUCAGGUGAUUGGGGGCUGGGCCCCUUGCACCAGGCCAUGUUGCGGGAUGCUGUCCUGCCCGCGGAUCGGUCUGCAUACGUUGAGGGGGGUUCUUGA